CAGAAUUGGCCAAUGGUAGUCAUACCUGGCGACACGGAAGUGGCGUAAAUUGUGAAUAUUCGUGUACUUCCUGUCUUCUGCUUUACUGGGGGUGCUGAUCGAGAAUUUGUUCUGUUUUGUAGAGCCAGGUGUGGCUUCAAUUGCAAGGCAACCCGCAAGUUCUUUGUGUCCUCUCAGACCAUCACCUCAUCGGUUCCUCAUGAAAGACGGGGAGUGUAACUUCUUCUGCUUCUUCCGUUGCUGCUGAGUGGUGUCUGGCUAGUCUGUGGAACCGUGUUCUCUGGGACCUGUUGUUCCCCCGGUGUCGCUGACGGCCGGAGAGUUGUCAGUCAGUCCCAGUGAGAGAGAGAGAGAGCGCGAGAGAGAGAGAGGCUCUGCCGGGGAAUGUCUGUGGACAUGAACAGCCAGGCCUCUGACAGCAAUGAGGAUGACUUCGGGGUCAACUCGGAGGAGGACGAGGAUGACGACGGGGGUGACGAUGAGGACCAGGGGGACAUUGUGGACUACUACGACGGUGUGGCCGGAGACAUGGAGCAGCAGGGGGCCGACUCGUUUGACCCAGAGGAGUACCAGUUCACCUGCCUCACCUACAGUGAGAUCCAGAAGGUGCUCUGUAAGGAGGUCAACAGUAUCGCCGCCAUCCUGAAGGUUUUACCUGCUGUAGCCAAACUGGUCCUUGUGCAUUUUCACUGGCAAGUGUCACAAAUACUGGACAGAUACAAGUCCAACUCAUCUCAGUUGCUGUCUGAGGCCCAGGUCCAGCCCAGCAGCACCUGCAGAUCAGUUCCUACUCCUCAGUCCCUCCAGUGUGGGGUGUGUCUGCAGCUGGUUCGGAGGGAUGCCCUGCUUGCGCUGCCCUGCCAGCACUCCUUCUGCAAAACAUGCUGGGAGCAGCAUUGCACUGUACUCGUCAAAGAUGGGAUGGGAGUGGGUAUCUCCUGUAUGGCUCAGGAUUGUUCCCUCCAAAUGCCAGAGGACUUUGUGCUCCCGCUGCUGCCUGGUGAGGAGCUGAAGGACAAAUAUAGACGCUACCUCUUCAGGGACUAUGUGGAGAGCCACUUCCAGCUGCAGCUGUGUCCAGGGGCAGACUGUCCCAUCGUCAUCCAAGUGCAGGAGCCACGGGCCCGCAGAGUACAGUGCAUCCGCUGCAAUGAGGUCUUCUGUUUCAAAUGCCGGAUCAUGUACCACGCCCCAACAGACUGCCCAACCAUCCGAAGGUGGCUAACCAAAUGUGCAGACGAUUCAGAGACCGCCAACUACAUCAGUGCACACACUAAAGAUUGUCCUAAGUGCAAUAUCUGCAUUGAGAAGAAUGGAGGCUGCAAUCACAUGCAAUGCUCCAAGUGCAAACACGACUUCUGCUGGAUGUGUCUGGGGGACUGGAAGACCCAUGGCAGUGAGUACUAUGAGUGCAGUCGCUACAAGGAGAACCCAGACAUCGUCAACCAGAGCCAGCAGGCACAGGCCAGAGAGGCCCUCAAGAAAUAUCUCUUCUACUUUGAGAGGUGGGAGAACCACAAUAAGAGUCUCCAGCUGGAGGCUCAGACGUACCAGCGGAUCCAGGAGAAGAUCCAAGAGCGGGUGAUGAACAACCUGGGCACCUGGAUAGACUGGCAGUACCUGCAGAACGCUGCCAAGCUGCUGGCCAAGUGUCGCUACACACUGCAGUAUACUUACCCCUACGCCUACUACAUGGAGUCUGGUCCUCGUAAAAAACUGUUUGAGUACCAGCAGGCCCAGCUUGAGGCAGAGAUUGAGAACCUGUCUUGGAAGGUGGAGCGAGCAGACACCUACGAGAGAGGGAGUGAGGGGGAGCUGAGCGCCAAUGACCGAGGGGAUCUGGAGAAUCAGAUGCACAUUGCUGAGCAGAGGAGACGCACGCUGCUGAAGGAUUUUCACGACACCUGAAGUUACCAUCCUACUGCAAAGCACCAACAGCUCCCUCCUUCAUCCCUCCCUCAUUAAGUGCUCUAUUUGUCUGCUACAGGGUCUCAGAAUGGCACAGCCCCCCCCAUUUAGAUCUGUCAACAACGCCACAUUCUUACACACUACACCAUGAAAUGAGAAAGCAUGCGCAUGCUCGCGCACUCACACAUACACUCUUCAGAAAAUAAAACAAAUUCUUAAUUUUCCUCCCACGCGGUCCCACCAUCCUUCUACUUUUCUUUCUUCUCACAUUGUUCACCUUUUUCUGGAAAUGGCUGUUGAUAGUUAGAUUGUUUAAGAAACGGAAAAUUUAAAAAAUGCUGUAAUUUUCCAUGGUUGUACAUUAAUACAGAAAUAGUUAGAGUUUUUUAAAACAAA